UAAAGGUCAGAAACUACUACUUCCGGGUUACAGUAAGACUCGUAUAAGCAAACUAUUGGCGCCCUAAACGUCUAUUUACUCACCAGACUUUAAAAUCGAAAUGAGCUGAAUGUUAAAACACCACGCAAUAUAGUUCACAGAGGAGGUAUGGUUUAUUAUUUUAUUCGACGGUAGCCCGUUUGAUGUUGUUGCUAUGGUGAUGGGGAUUAACAGCGAGGCUAAAGGAAGACCAUCAACCGUCUGUUAAACAACAAUCAACUAAUAUUAUCAUUCCUUUAAAGAAUUCAUACAUGGAUGAGCGCUUUGCCUUCCUGGCUGAGUGGUACGACCCCAGCGCUGCUCUCCUGCGACGAUACCAGCUGCUCUACUACCCUAAAGAUGGCUCCGUGGAGAUGUUUGAUAUGAAGAACCAGCGCACCUUCCUACGGAGGACCAAGUUUGAUGAGCUUCAUCCAGAGGAUCUGUUUGUUGGCAACCGAGUAAACAUCUUUUCUCGUCAGCUGAACCUCACAGGUUAUGGGGAUCAAUACACAGCCAACAAACUGGGCAGUAAGAAGGAGAGGACUUUGGCUAUGAUUAAGCCAGACGCUGUUCCAAAAGUUGGCAACAUUAUUCAGAUGAUUUAUGAUGCCAACCUUAUAGUCACAAAAGCCAAAAUGACCAAACUUACAUGGAAGCAGGCAGCAGACUUUUACAUGGAACAUCAGUCAAAGUCUUUUUUCAAUAAUUUGGUGCAGUUUGUGAGCUCCGGUCCCGUGGUUGCUAUGGAGCUGAUGGGAAAUGAGGCAGUGACAACCUGGAGAAAAGUUCUGGGUCCGACUGAUUCUGGCGUGGCACAAAAAGAUGCAGCGAAUAGUCUCAGAGGCCAGUUUGGUACCGAUGGCACUAAGAAUGCAGGACAUGGGUCAGACUCAUUGGCAUCUGCUGCACGGGAGCUGGAGUUCUUCUUCCCUUCUACUACUGGUCACGGUCCCUCCAACACAGCAAAGUACUCAGACUGCACCUGCUGUAUCAUUAAACCUCAUGCCAUCUCAGAAGCGUUGACGGGAAAGAUUCUUAAGUCAAUUAUAGAAAAUGGAUUUGAGAUAUCUGCCCUACAAAUGUUCAACAUGGAUCGAGUAAAUGCUGAGGAGAUUUUGGAGGUUUAUAAAGGGGUUGUAGCCGAGUAUACUAAUAUGGUGGAUGAACUUUGUUCCGGACCUUGCAUGGCCCUGGAGAUCCAUGCUACCGACGCACCCAGAACCUUUCGGGAGUUCUGUGGACCCGCAGACCCUGUGAGUAACAAGAUGGUUCAGUCUUGUUAUAAUGUGUAUUUAUUUCCUUGAGGUUUCCCCCAAGAAAGCUUAAAUUAUGCA